UCAAGUUUCAGGUCAGAGAAAGAACGCCAAAAUCAGACAUCAUUAUGUCAAAAAAUUGCAAGACUUUGAAGUUCCCCAAGUCCACGGCCACUCGCCGAGAAUUGCCAAUUCAUCCCUCCCCGCUGAAUUUUUGCAGGAAAUUUCAGGGAAUCUUCAAUUUUGACUAUUGAAUAUGAUCAUCAAUGAGCUGACCCAAAUGGGUUCUUUUCAAUAUUACUCAGGAAGAACAAACCCAUCUCAGAAAUUUCUGUUCUUGGAUUUUCUAGAGGGCAAGAGGUAAAGGCUCCAUGGAGGAACUGUUGUGGCGGAAUCUCCUUCGUGAUAUCUCUUCGUUCUUCUCUUUAUCAGCAUGUGGCAACUUUUGCUCACAAUCAGUGCAUUAUCAAAAGAUUGAAGAGAUAUUAAAACUGCUAAAGCCAAUAGCUGAUUUAAUUCUUGACUCGAGCAUAGUGCCUAAUGAACAGCGUAUCAAGGUCCUAGAACAACUUGUCCAUUCAAUAAAAGAGUGUUCAUAUCUUUCCGAGAAGUGGCAUCCAUUGGCAAGCAGGAUAUAUCUUGUUAUCCAAGCCGAGUUAUUGGUGAAAAAUAUCCAGACGUCCAUCUUGGAAAUUGUCCAGUUGCUGAAAGACUUGCCUCCAUUUAAUUCUGCAGAGUUGAUCCCAAAAUGUCUCGAGAAUUGCUUUGAAAAAGUUAAGAACAUGGAAUGUGAAUCUACAUGUACAUUCAUUUCUGAAUCCUUGAAGAAACAAUCAAGCAGCCAUGUAUUACAGAGAACAGAAAUUGCAGAACGCCUAGGCUUAAAAUCAAACCAGGAGAUCCUUAUUGAGGCAGUGGCUCUUAAGAAGUUGAAAGAAAAUGCUGGGAAUGAUGCCGAAAUGGAUUAUCUUGAACAACUGAUUACUCUUCUCACUCGUAUGCAUGAUGACCUUUUGAUGUUGGUGCAGUCCAAGACUGGCUUGCCUGAUUAUAUCUGUCCUCUUUCUCUCGAGAUGAUGACAGAUCCUGUGAUUGUUUCCUCUGGAGUAACCUACGAACGCGUUUACAUCAGGCAUUGGCUUGAUCUUGGUCUUACUGUAUGUCCGAAGACCAGGCAGACAUUGGUUCACCUAAAUUUGAUCCCUAAUUAUACUUCCAAGGCACUCAUUGCUAACUGGUGUGAAAAGAAUAAUGUGAAACUGCCUGACCCCAUGAAGUCAGUCAAUGGGCAAAACAUGGUUAAUUUAAGGGAUAUUGUAAAACUUGAUGCAGAUUCCAAAGUGAAGAGGUUGGUUGAAGACCUCAAAAACAAGUCAAGUGAAAGCCUACGAGAAGCCACAGAUCAACUGCUACUGUUUCUGAUGCAAAACAUGGAUAACAGAAUUAUAUUUGCAAAUUUUGGGGGCAUAAGAUUAGUGGUUAACCUGCUUUAUUCUAAUGAUGUACAGACUCAAGAAAACGCUGUAACUGCUCUUCUGUACUUGGCAGUUAAUAAUGGCAACAAAGUUGCUAUUGCAGAUGAAGAUGCAAUAGAACCCCUUAUCUACAUUCUAGAGGUGGGGACCCCUAAGGCCUGCGAAAACUCAGCAGCCACACUGUUUUGCCUCUCAAUGAUUCCUGUAAACAAGUUGAGAAUAGGAAGGUUGGGGGCUGUUGUUCCUUUAGUUGAAUUGUUAAGGAAAGGGAGUCCUCAGGGAAAGAAUAAUGCAGUCAUUGCUUUGUUUAAUCUGUCCAUUUCUCAUGAGAACAGGGUGAGGAUUGUUCAGGCCGGUUGUGUAAGGUUUCUAGUUGAAUUACUGAACAUUCCUUCCGCAGGUAUGGCUGACAAGGCCGUUGCUGUUUUAGAAAAUCUGGCUAAGAUUUCCGAGGGGAGAACAGCCAUUGGCCAGGCUGGAGGUAUCCGUGCAUUUGUUAAUACGGUGGAGCUAGGUUCACCAAGAGCCAAAGGGAAUGCAGUUUCUGCACUUGUGCAGCUUUGUACCUUCAGCAGCAUAUGGUUUGCUACUAUGAUUCAGGAAGCAGCCGUACCUCCAUUAGUAUCCCUUGCGCUUUCAGGGGUAGGGACCCCUAGAGCCAAACGGAAGGCUGCAGAGCUGCUCAGUUACAUCAGAACACAGCGGCAUAAUAUUAUCAGAAUUCCCCUCAAUUGCAUCAGAAAUCAGCGAUUCAUAAGAUCUUAGCCGUUCAUUUUUGUAUGAUUAAUCUAAGCCACCUAAAUUUAUUUAAAACAUAAAAAUGACUUUGGGUU